GAGCACAUGUGUUUGUCUGCCAAUAGCCUACUGCAGAAGAGCGAGCUGCUUCACACGGUUGAAACUGGCUGAUGACUGCAUUGACUAGCAUACAACUGAACUCACCGUGUAUUGGUCGCUUCACCAGUUUUUCAACGGAAUCCUUGUAGCAUACCAGCUGGUCUGUAGCCUAAUUCCGUGAACAGUCUCUGUCACUGUGGAUUGCUUUGACUGAUAUUCCGGUUAGACCACCGAUAGACUCGUUUUAUUCCGUUGCUGGUUGAAAAGGUCCGAACGCGUGCAGCCAGCAAGGAACGACGGGUAUGUUGCUACGUAGCUGAUAUGAUAUAGACACAAUAGACCGACGAGUAGUGUAAAAGAGAGAGAUGAGGUGAUGUUCUGACUCACUGAGACAGCGUGGACAUAAAUCAAGACGAGGAACUCUAUUCUUGUACUACCUACGGCAUAUCGGAAUCUCAACAGGAACCAGCAGCCAGCGGAUGUCAGUGUGGGGAUCACUCAGUCCCACAUGUGAUGGACCCCCAGCAGUGUGAUGGAGGCCAUGUGUCAGAGGGGUGUAACACUCCUGGUAAUAGGGACCACCGGCCCCCUCCUGCCAAACUGGUCCGCCUGGAGUUGAACGGUGGCGGGGGCCCCUCAGGUCCACACCAGGGCAGGAUGAGACAGGGGAGCCCAGGGGUCAGAACUUCGGCCCCCAAACUCACCCCACCCGCACCACAACCCAAGAACUGGCAUAAAAGAGGAAGCCUGCUGCCUGUGCUGUGUUUGGUGGAGCACAGAGAGAGCCCAGUCCUGGCAGUGGAGGCUGAGAGGAGAGAGGAGCAUGCAGAGUUUGUACUGGUCAGGAGAGACCUGCUGUUUAACCAGCUGAUAGAGAUGGCUUUACUGGCCCUGGGCUACACUCAUAGCUCAGCAGCACAGGCCAAAGGUUCGAUCCAGGUGGGUAGGUGGAACCCUGUCCCUCUGUCCUGUGUGACUGAUGCUCCUGAUGCCACAGUGGCUGACAUGCUGCAGGACCUCUACCAUGUGACCACCCUCAAGAUCCAGCUCACCAGUUGUCCCAUGUUGGAGGACCUCCCUCCAGAACAGUGGAGUCACUCCACAGUGAGAAACGCCCUGAAGGAGCUAUUGAGAGACAUGAACCAGAGCUCACUGGCCAAAGAGUGCCCUCUGUCCCAGAGUAUGAUCUCCUCCAUUGUUAACAGCACCUACUAUGCAAAUGUGUCGGCCUCCAAGUGCCACGAGUUUGGCCAUUGGUAUAAGCACUUCAUGAAUACCAAAGGCAUCAUGGAGAUUGACAGCUUCUCUGACCAAUCCCAAACGAGCUCCACACACCCAUCAACCAAACAAUCAUUCCCAGGCAGCACAGCCGAGCAGGUCUGCUCCUCACCCCUCCCCUUUCCUCACGGGGGUGCCACCCACACUUCUGGGCGUAGUUGUCUGGCCCCAAGUCUCUGCCCCCCGGGGCUGGUGACCGCCCCCCUCAGCCCCCAGCUAGUCAGCCCCCAACAGAUAGUCAUGGCCCAGUUCCUCAACCAGCAGUAUGCAGUCAGCCAUAUGCUAGCCCAGCAAAGCCUGUCUGUAUCUGGCCUCGACCCCCCUCCCCAGGCUGGACCACCAGGACCCGGGUCUGGGUCCCAGAGCCAGGUGUGUGGACCAUCAGACAUCUCAUGUGAGAUCUACCAGUGGGUGAGAGAGGAGCUGAAGAGAGCAGGCAUCUCCCAGGCUGUGUUUGCCCGUGUGGCCUUCAACAGGACCCAGGGCCUGCUGUCUGAGAUCCUGCGUAAGGAGGAGGAUCCUAAGAGUGCGUCUCAGUCUCUCCUGGUCAACCUGCGGUCCAUGCAGAGUUUCCUACAGAUACCGGAAGGUGACCGCGACCGUAUCUACCAGGAGGAGAGAGAGAGGAGUCUGACCACGUGGACCAUUAUCAACCAUUCACCCAACAACACUACCACACCUCGCCACACACAGACCAGAAAGGAAGAGGGAAACUUUGUUAAGGCUGAAGAUUGGCCCUCCCAGGUUUCCAUUGUAUUUCCUAAAGUGAGGCUGUCUCCAGUAGCAGUAGUAAACAGAGGGGCGAAGAGCGAGGGAUGUGUUCUAGACAGAGGGUUGAAGAGCGAGGGAUGUGUUCUAGACAGAGGGGUGAAGAGCGUGGGAUGUGUUCUAGACAGAGGGGUGAAGAACGUGGGAUGUGUUCUAGACAGAGGGGUGAAGAGCGUGGGAUGUGUUCUAGACAGAGGAGUGAAGAGCGAGGGAUGUGUUCUAGACAGAGGGGUGAAGAACGUGGGAUGUGUUCUAGACAGAGGGGUGAAGAGCGAGGGAUGUGUUCUAGACAGAGGGUUGAAGAGCGAGGGAUGUGUUCUAGACAGAGGGGUGAAGAACGUGGGAUGUGUUCUAGACAGAGGGGUGAAGAGCGUGGGAUGUGUUCUAGACAGAGGAGUGAAGAGCGAGGGAUGUGUUCUAGACAGAGGGGUGAAGAACGUGGGAUGUGUUCUAGACAGAGGGGUGAAGAAUGUGGGAUGUGUUCUAGACAGAGGAGUGAAGAGCGAGGGAUGUGUUCUAGACAGAGGAGUGAAGAGCGAGGGAUGUGUUCUAGACAGAGGAGUGAAGAGCGAGGGAUGUGUUCUAGACAGAGGGGUGAAGAGCGAGGGAUGUGUUCUAGACAUCAACAGUUCUAUCUAUGAGGAGAUCCAACAGGAGAUGAAGAGAGCCAAGGUUUCUCAGGCCAUGUUUGCCAAGAUGGCCGCGUCCAAGAGUCAGGGCUGGCUGUGUGAGCUGCUGCGCUGGAAGGAGGAUCCGUCCCCAGAGAACCGAACCCUGUGGGAGAACCUGUGUAUGAUCCGGCGCUUCCUGAGUCUAGCCCAGAUGGAACGAGACGCCAUCUAUGAACAGGAGAGCAACACUCUGCAACAACACUGUACAGACAGACUCACACAGCUAGUCAACAACAACACACUGCUCCAACGCCACUCCCCAUUGCAACAACAACACCAUCAACGAACACUGACCGCUCUGUCCCAGCUGCCCUUGCAGCCCCAGGCGGAGCCUCGCCUGCCGCCACGACAACCAUCCACAGCAUCACCGGCCGAGACUGAGGGGGGUAGGCGGCAACUGAGGACCUGGUGGGGAAGUAGUCAGGGUGAUGGGAGGGAAGAGGAUAUUACUGGCAGGGGCUGUAGGGGUUGGGGCCAGGGCAGGGUUAGGGGUGUGUAUAACAAUGACAAGGAAGGGGGAGUGGGACGGUGGGCGGGGGGCAGACAGACUAACGGCGAGGUUGAUGGUGGGAGUGAUGGCGAGGGGUUUCGGGUGUCCCGAGAGGCACAGGGGAUCCUGCAGAGCUUCAUCCAGGACGUUGGUCUGAACCCAGACGAGGAGGCUGUCCACACACUGUCAGCCCAGCUGGGCCUGCCCAAACACACCAUCCUCAGCUUCUUUCACAGCCAGCACCACAGCUACACUCACCAGAACCAUAGACAGUACUACAGUGAGAUCCAACACAACCAACAUCCGAGCCAGGACCACAACCACAGAGAGAAUCACAACCAACACCACACGGACCAGGACCAGCUCUUCUAUAAUGGAGCAGGCCCAACCCAGCCUAAGAGAACUACAGGGGAGGAGUGGACUGUAGAUCUCGCUGGACAAAUGGGGGUGGGGGGGGAGGAUAUGGACCGGGAAGAGGAAAUAGAGGGGAAGGGGGAGGAGGACGCCAUUUUGAAAGAGUUGGAUGUGAGCAGUCAGACUAACGCUGUCGCCACCCUAGAGGAGGAGCAACAUGAUUCUAACCAAUCUGAGACUGCCCAACCACAUGACUCUGAUGAAUAACAUGAGUCCAUCCACUAGUUGUCCCCUUUAACCCAAUGAGAAGGCAUCAAUUUGAUAGACUCAUCUAGCUCUGCAGAAAAUAAUAUUAGCCUUUUCUGAAGAACUUUAGUAAUGAAUGAUGUGGUGUUAUAGGUGUUUCCCUUAUUUGUAAUGAAACAUUUCAAUUAAAGACUAACUGUGAAAAUAAAUGAAAUUAUGUAGUUAUACAUGUAUGCAGAGGCCCAGUGCAGUCAAAAACUAGAUUUUCCUGUGUUUUGGAUAUAUUUCCUCACUGAGGUUGGAAUAAAACAGUGAAAUUGUGAAAAGUAUGAUAAUGCCCUUUCAGUGUAAGAGCUGU